AUGUAUUUAUUCAUCAAGCACGUAUUCACAUUCAAUGUUUCUUAUUCCUCUUCUUCUAGGCGGUGUAUCACAUCUAUAAAAAGGUACCGUGAUGUAGAUGGGGAGCCCUUGGUGGACUUGGAUGAUGACUUCGGAGAUAACUUAGCUGAUGAUAUGGGAAACUGGGACGGUGAAGGUUCACAAACGCCUCUUUACGACAACGAUAAAGUCAAACCAAGGAAAAGGUUGGUGAAGAAAGCUUCUAGCGAAAGGCAGAUAAUCAAUAUUCCUGAGUUGAUUGAUGAGGAUGUAGAGGAUGCGGAGUUUGAUGAGUUCAUGGGAGGUAGAGGUGGUGUUACAGAGUAUGAUGAUAAGGUUGGUAGGAAGAGGAAGAAGAAGAAAGAGAGAAGUCGUGGGAAGGAGAAGAGGCAUAAGCUCCCAAGCUGCGGUGAGAGGAAAUCUGAAGAGAUUGAUGAGAUGUGGAAAUCUAUUGCUGAUAACCCUAAGAAUGAUGAAGGUGUUAGGACUAUGGAUGACGAUAAUUUCAUUGAUGAUACUGGUGUGGAUCCUUCUGAGAGGUAUGGAGGUGAUGCUGGAGACCGCUCUCCAACUCAUUAUCCUCAGGCAGAGGAGGGUGAGGAUGAUGAUGAGGUUAAUAACCUUUUCAAAAUGGGAAAGAAAAAGAAGAAAACUGAAAGAAAUCCUGCGGAAAUCGCUCUCUUGGUUGAGAAUGUGAUGGCUGAGCUUGAGGUCACUGCUGAGGAAGAUGCAGAGCUUAAUCGACAGGGAAAGCCUGCUAUCAACAAGCUUAAGAUACUUUCCCUUCUGACCAAUGUACUUGGAAAGAAGCAGCUUCAAACAGAAUUCUUGGACCAUGGAAUUCUAACUCUGCUGAAGAAUUGGCUUGAGCCUCUUCCUGACGGAAGCUUGCCAAAUAUAAACAUUCGUGCAGCUAUUCUGAGGGUUCUUACUGAUUUUCCAAUUGACGUAAUCACUGAGCUCAGUACUGCAUCACCAGGAUCGAGAGCUCGCUACUUCCAAUCUAAGUACUCGCAGCCAUUUUUUACUCAAACCAAAGCUUGCUUCUUCAAACAGUAUGGGUCUAAAUGGAGAUAUCCUCAGUACAAUUCCAUCCGUUUUCUCAUGAAAAAUAUUGGCGUCAUGUCUGGUUUGGUUUCCUGGCAAAUAGGAAAGCAAAUGUAA